CGCAGGUACGUAGGGAUUCCAUCUAGGGUAGGCUCAACCCUGACUUACGUUGCCUAAAAGGACCCAUACCUUCUACAGACUACAGCUAUUACUGUGGAUACCUUGCAGUUCACGUACCUAGCAAAGCUACCGAACUUCUAGCCUCUAGGCACCAAGAGCUCAACUCAACUCAACUCAACUUAUACACGCUUACUUGCACUUAGCUCAUACAAAACCUGCAUCCACCUUUUUUUAUAUAUCAACAUAUCACCACCUCCCCAUCUCAUUACAAAAAACAAAAAACCCCCAAAAUUGUAAUAAUAAUAUACAAUAUAAAAUAUAAUCAACCCGCCUAUUGUACAAUAAUAAUAAUACAAUGGAGCGCCACCGACAGGCCGUGCGCCUCGUCUCCGCGACCGUGCGCUCGCUCUUCGAGCGCUCGGAGCCGUACCGCAUCUGGCACGGCAGCACGAACUCGACGCGCCCGCCGCACCAGAAGGCCGGGGCCCGCGUGGUCGACAUCAGCGGGCUGCGCGAGGUGCUCUCCGUGGACGCGGCCUCGCGGACCGCCCUCGUCGAGCCCAACGUGCCCAUGGACCGGCUCGUGGAGUCCACCCUGCCGCACGGCCUCGUGCCCCCCGUGGUCAUGGAGUUUCCCGGGAUCACGGCGGGCGGCGGGUUCGCGGGGACCGCCGGCGAGAGCAGCAGUUUCCGCCACGGCUACUUCGACGAGACGGUCCGGUCCGUCGAGAUGGUGCUGCCCGACGGGGAGGUGGUUACCGCGCGCCCGGACCGGGGGGACGAGUACGAGGACUUGUUCCGGGGCGCCGCGGGCGCGCUGGGGACCCUGGGGACCACCACGCUGCUGGAGCUGCAGCUCGUCGAGGCGAAGAAGUUCGUGCGCACGACGUACCGGCGGACGAGCAGCGUGGGGGAGGCGGUGAGGGUGAUCCGGGAGGAGUGCGCUGCGGAGAAGGGAAACGAUUACGUCGAUGGCAUAUUGUUCUCGAAGGACCACGGCGUUAUUGUCACCGGCAAGAUGACGGAUGACUUGCCGUCCGAGGACGAGCACGUCCAGACGUUCAGUCACCCGUGGGACCCGUGGUUUUACAUGCACGUGCGGGAUAUCACCAAGGCGCUACCCUCUUCUUCAUCUUCAUCCUCCACAUCAUCAUCGUCAUCGUCAUCAUCAUCCUCCCCCUCCGAAGGCACAGUAACCGAGUACAUCCCGCUAGCCGAGUACCUCUUCCGGUACGACCGGGGCGGAUUCUGGGUCGGCCAAGCGGCCUUCGACUACUUCAAGCCGGUGCCUUUUACCCGGUUCUUCCGGUGGUUCCUAGACGACUUCCUGCACACGCGGAUGCUGUACCGCGCGCUACACGGCAGCGGCGAGAGCGCGCGCUUCAUCGUCCAGGACAUCGGCAUGCCGUACGAGUCCGCCGAGCCCUUCAUCAACUACGUAUCGGACGAGCUCGCCAUCUGGCCCCUAUGGCUCUGUCCGCUCAAGACGCCCUCGGGACCCAGUUUCCACCCGCACCUUCGACAACGACAGCCCGAGCCACCAGUCAGCAGCAGCAGCAGCGGAAAGGAGAAGGAGAAGGAGAAAGGGAAAAGGACGUUCGACGAAAUGCUCAACAUCGGGGUAUGGGGCUGGGGCCCGUCGGACCGCCAAGCCUUCGUGCGCGCGAACCGGGCGCUGGAGCGGCGCGUCGACGAGCUCGGCGGGACCAAGUGGCUGUACGCGCACACGUACUACCCGGCCCCGGAGUUCUGGCGCGUGUACGGCUCGGGCCAGCAGAAGCAGCGGUACGAGGCGCUGCGGCGGAAGUACCUGGCGACGAGCCUGCCGAGCGUGUACGACAAGGUGAGCGUCAAGGUCGACAACGCCGACGCCGUCACCACGAGCUGGAAGCCCUGGCUCAAGUCCCUGUGGCCGAUCGGCGGCCUCUGGGGCAUCUGGAAGAGCAUCCAGAGUAAGGAUUACUUGCUGCAUCGCCGGGCGACGUGGAGGUGGAGGGGAGGAGACGACGGGGUGAAGACGCGAAAAGCGAAGGAGGCGUAGGAGAGAGGCGUGUAUGUGUGUGUGUGUGUGUGGCCUUGGUCAUUUUGGCGGCACGUGUUGGAGAAGUGCACACGAUUUACGCUUCUUAUAGUCACGACAUUGGGUGUCUAGGUGGGUAGGUAGGUAAGUAUACUCCGAUUAUGGCCAUACUUUCAUAUGGAGGUCAGAUAUUUACGAUAUUAAAUAUUUUUGUGAAAGCCGUUACUGUUUAAUAUAUCUCAGCUUCCCCUAUGAUAAUAGAC